AUGGCAGCCAGAGAUCUCCAGCAGGCCCACGGCCUCCCUCCGCUGAGGGGCAGGGCGGACCUCGCGGGGCCGGCUGUCCAGCGGAAGCCGGAGGACAACCAGGAGCUCGUGGGCCGGGCCAUUCAGAAGGAGCAGAGGAUCAAGGAAGGGGCCGAAAACAUGCUCCGGGCGACCGCGGACAAAAGGAGCCUGGCGCGUGUGGGGGACAUCCUGACAUCAUCCAGCCGCAGACUCGAGCGGCUCCAGGAGCGCUGCGCCCGCAUCGCAGCAGCGGAGGAGGAGGGCGGCGAGGCAGAUGGGAGUGCAUCCUCAAAGCCCUGCACACCGGAGAGGAGCCCGAACCCAGCGCUGAGGAGGAGCGAGGAGGCGCUGAAGAAGCAGCUUCAUCUCGAGAUGAGGGUGAAAAAAGGGGCUGAGGCUAUGACCCAGAUGUACUCCAACACGGCCAAGGAACGGAAGCUCCUGGCGGCCGCUCAGCAAAUGCUCCAGGACAGCAAGAGCAGGAUAGAGGUGAUUCGCAUGCAGAUUGUGAAGGUGUCUCAGGCAGGAGGUGGCGCGGAAGAUGCCGGGGACCCGGCAGGAAACAGAAGCCCCACCGCUCCACUGGAGCUUCGUCUCGAGGAGCUGCGGCAUCGCCUGCGCGUGGAAGCGGCCGUGGCUGAAGGCGCCCGAAACAUCGUGAAGCUCUUGGGUGGCCAGCGGCUGCAGGACAAGAAGGCAUUGGCUGAGGCCCAGGCCUGCCUGCAGGAGUCCUCCCAGAAGCUGGACCUGCUGCGGCUCUCCCUCGAGCGCCUGCUGGGGCAGCUCGCCCCCGGCCACCCGAAGCGGGCGCUCGUCAAGCAAGAGAUCGCGCACACCUUCGCCCGGGGGGCUCGCCCCGGAAGCAGGGAGCCGCUCCUCUCUUGGGCCAAGCCCGCCGCUAUCACAGGAACGCUGGAGGUGCGACUGCUGGGCUGUCAGGAUCUCUUGGAGAGGGGUCCCGGACCGUUCCCGAGUGGCCAGUGCGACGCCCGCUCAUGGCAGCCCCGGCGACCCCAAAUCCUUGGCCGGACGUGGGUUCCAGGCGGAGUUCACAGCCACGGAGCCGCUGGGAGACACUCGUGGAGCGAAGAACGUGGCUCUGAAGUCCUCGCCGUGCUCAAGAUAGACAACAAGACAGUUGGCCAGACCAGCUGGGGACCCGUCUGCAGCCAGUCCUGGGACCAGACCUUCACCGUGGAAUUGGACAAAGGCCGAGAGCUGGAAGUCUCCGUUUAUUGGCGUGACUGGCGCGGACUCUGUGCGGUGAAGUUCGUGCGCCUGGAGGAUUUCCUUGAUAACGAGCGCCACAGCAUGCCGCUCGCUCUCGAGCCCCAAGGCACGCUUUUCGCAGAGGUGACUUUCAGCAACCCCGUGCUGAAGACGCGGUCCCGGCUGCAGCGGCAGAGGCGCAUUUUCCCCAAGCAGAAAGGGAAAGCGUUCCUGCGUGCCUCCCAGAUGAGCCUCAACGUGGCCGCGUGGGGGCGCCUGAUGCUGAGCCUCCUGCCCCCCUGCAGCUCCCUGAACACCCUCAGCCCCCCGCCGCGGGCCCACAGCCCUGUGGAGCCUCCCCCGAGUCCCGCUGCCCCGGGGACUUCAGCGGCCAGCGGCCUCCCAGCGCUCCGGCUGAGCUCCGACGGCGGGAUGCCUCCCAAGCCGCCACGCCUCUUUCUCGAAGCAUCUCCCUGGAAGCCGGAGCGGACUCCUGCGGGCCUGGGGAGUCCAAAGAAGCUGGACGGGGAUGAUCAGAGUUGGAGUUCACGAGACCCCUGCCGGGUGUCUGCCAGGAGAGCAGCAGAGCGGGAGCAGCGUGCUGGGAGGAAGAGGACGGUCCAGUGGGAGGAUUUCUCUUGCCUUGCCGUGCUUGGGCGUGGGCACUUUGGAAAGGUGUUGCUGGCUCAGCAUAAGGAGGCAGGGAAGCUGUUUGCCAUCAAAGCCCUGAAGAAACAUGAAAUCAUUAGCCGAGAUGAUGUGGACAGCUUGUAUUGUGAGAAGCGCAUCUUUGAAGUCAUCAACACCGCAUGCCACCCCUUCCUGGUGAACAUGGUCGCUUGCUUCCAAACGCCAAGCCACGCCUGCUUCGUGAUGGACUAUGCCCCAGGCGGGGACCUCAUGAUGCGUAUUUGCAUCGGCAACUUCCCCGAACCCGUGACACGGUUCUACUCGGCCUGCGUGGUCCUGGGACUCCAGUUCCUACAUGAGAACAAGAUCAUUUACAGGGACCUCAAGCUGGACAACCUGCUCCUGGACGCAGAGGGCUUCGUGCGGCUCGGCGACUUUGGCCUCUGCAAGGAGGGGAUCGGCUUGGGCGACCGUACAAGCACGUUCUGUGGCACCCCCGAAUUCCUGGCUCCGGAGGUCCUGACCGACCUGUCCUACACCCGCGCGGUGGACUGGUGGGGGCUCGGAGUGCUCAUCUUCGAGAUGCUCCUUGGAGAGUCUCCCUUUCCUGGUGAUAAUGAAGAGGAGGUGUUCGACAGCAUCAUCAACGAAUCCAUACACUUCCCAGAAUUCCUUUCUUCGCACACAGCCUCCAUAUUGCAGAAGCUUCUCCAAAAGUGCCCGGAGCGUCGCCUGGGGGCAGGCGUCGGGGAUGCGGAAGAAAUUAAAAUGCACCCCUUUUUCCAGGAGAUCGACUGGGGUGCCCUCCUUGCCAGGGCCGUCACGCCCCCGUUUGUGCCCCGAUUGAAGGGGGCCGCAGACACCAGCCACUUCGACAGGGCGUUCACCUCCCAGAAGGCCGUCCUCACACCCCCGGAUCUCCUGCCCCCUCUGAGUGCGGAGGAGCAGGCCAGGUUCAGAGGCUUCGACUUUGUCUCCCCGUGCUUCCUCCAGGGCUGACGCAGGGGCAGGGCAGUCGCUGCUGGAAGAGAGAC